UAUUUUUUGUUUUUUAGAAAAAAAAAUUAAAUCUGAACUAAUAAUAAUUUUAUAAUUGUCAAAAUGUGUGGAAUUUUUGGAUAUGUAAAUCAUGGUGUGAAGCGCGAACGAUCAUAUAUUCUUAAUGUUUUAUUAGAGGGCCUUUUAAAGUUGGAAUAUCGCGGUUAUGAUUCUGCAGGUCUUGUUGUUGAUGGUGACAAUAAGAAUGAGGUUCUUAUUUUUAAAGAAGUUGGUAAAGUUUCUGAACUUCGUAAACUUGUUCAAGAAGGAGUAUAUGAUAUUUCUAAAGUAUUUUCGUCUCAUUGUGGUAUAUCUCAUACUCGAUGGGCAACUCAUGGGCAGCCUUCUCGUUUAAACUGUCACCCUCAUAGAUCAGAUGAAAAAUAUGAGUUUAUGGCUGUUCAUAAUGGAAUUAUAACAAAUUUUAGAGAACUUAGACUGGUUUUGGAGAAGAAAGGAUAUGUUUUUGAGACGGAUACUGAUACUGAAUGUGCAGUUAAAUUGGCUAAAUAUGUUUAUGAUACAAAUAAGAAUAUAGAUUUCGUUACUUUGGCAAAAAUGGUGGUUAGUGAGCUUGAGGGUGCGUUUGCAUUUCUUAUCAAGAGUAUUCAUUUUCCGAAUGAAAUUAUUGCUACACGAAAAGGGUCUUCUCUUUUAAUUGGUGUUAAAAUGGAAAAAAAUAUUAAUACAGAAUAUGUAGACGUUGAGUUUUCAGAGAUUCAAGAAAUUAAUGAAUAUUCUUUAAUUUUUCUAUCUACUGAUAUUUUUAGUAUUGAUUUUAAAUAUAAUCAAAUUAAACGGUAUAUAAAUGAUGCAGAGUUUUUCCCUUCUGCUGAAUUUUUUAUUUCAUCUGAUCCAUCAUCGCUUGUUGAGCAUACUAAUCGUGUCCUUUAUUUAAAAGAUGAUGAUAUUGCUCACAUUAGUAAUGGAAAACUUCGCAUACAUCGUCUUCGCCGAGAAGAUGGCGAGCCCUUUGUUAGGUCUAUUCAGACUUUAGAAAUGGAACUAGCAAAUGUUAUGAAGGGGAAUUUCGAUCAUUAUAUGCAGAAAGAAAUAUUUGAGCAGCCUGAAUCGAUUGUAAAUACUAUGCGUGGUCGUAUAGAUUUUAAGAAAAAAACGGUUACUCUUGGAGGAUUGAAGGAGUAUUUAUCAAUAUUAAAAAAAUGUAGACGAAUGAUUUUUAUUGCCUGCGGUACAUCAUAUCAUUCUUGUAUAGCUACCCGUGCUUUAAUGGAAGAGUUAACAGAAAUUCCUGUAACUGUAGAAAUAGCUUCAGAUUUUCUUGAUCGACAGUGCUCUGUAUUCCGUGAUGAUAUUUGUGUUUUUGUUUCUCAAUCUGGUGAAACUGUAGAUUCUCUUUUAGCCCUUCGAUAUUGUUUAGAACAUGGAGCUUUAACUCUUGGUAUUGUUAAUGUUGUUGGUUCAUCUAUUUCAAGAGAAACACAUUGUGGUGUUCAUAUUAAUUGCGGUGCUGAAAUUGGUGUUGGUUCUACAAAGGCAUAUACUUCUCAAAUUGUUGUUAUGGUUUUAAUUGCUUUAUAUUUUUCCCAAGAUUCCCUUUCAAAAAGAAUGCGUCGUUUUGAAAUUAUAGAUGCUUUAUCUCAUCUUAGCGAUCAGAUUCGAGAAGUACUUUCAAUGGAUCUUCAGAUAAAGAAAUUAAGCCAAGAAACUCUUCUUGCACAUUCUUCUUUAUUGUUAGUUGGUCGAGGUUAUCAGCAUGCAACGGCUUUAGAAGGCGCAUUGAAAAUAAAAGAGAUAUCUUAUAUACAUUCAGAAGGUGUUCAAUCCGCUGAAUUAAAACAUGGUGUAUUAGCUUUAGUUGAUGAAAAUUUUCCAAUUAUUAUGCUUAUGACUAAAGAUAAGUUUUAUUCCAAAGUUCAAAGUGCUUUAUAUCAAGUGUUAUCUCGUAAAGGAAAACCUAUUGUUAUUCUUAAUAAGUCAGAUACAUCACUUAUAGAUAUGGAUAAUCGAAUUAUUCGUGUUCCAGAAACUGUUGACUGUUUGCAGGGUAUAUUAAAUAUCAUUCCACUUCAAUUAAUGUCUUAUUGGCUUGCUAUAUUUCGGGGGUAUGAUGUUGAUCAUCCUAGAAAUCUUGCAAAAUCAAUUACUGUUGAAUGA